AGGGGACGGGGGCGGCCCAGGAAGAAGCCACAGGAGCCCAGCGAGGCCCCGACCCCCAAGAGACCCCGCGGACGGCCGAAGGGCAGUAAAAACAAGGCCACUGCGAAAGGCAGG